UCAAGGGCGCUAUUCCCCGCGAACGUGCGGUUGAGUACCAGCAACGGGCUCUGAAGUGGCUUACUUCCUUCGGCCUGCCGCUGGACUUAGACGACCCCGACACCUGGCUGGCCGAGAACAUGCCUGUACAGAGCAAGCUCAACACCUUUGACAACUAUUGCGUUGUCCACGAGAAAUUCAUGUGGGAUGCGCGCAUGGAACCUGGAGUCGUGGAUGCCUUUUCUAAAGUCUGGAACACGAACGAGCUACUCGUCUCCUUCGACUCGCUGAACAUCACUCUUCCGGGGCGAAAGGACAAGCCGCCCCGCGCCCCAUGGCCCCAUGUUGACCAGUCACCCUUUAAACGCGGGCUGCACUGCAUCCAGGGCAUCAUCAACCUGAGCCAUGUUGGCGAUGAGGAUGGCUCGCUUAUGGUGCUACCGGGCUCGAAUGCUUACAACGCCGAGUUCUUCGACACUCAGGCCGAUCGAUCCUCCUGGCCUGAAAUUGAUUGGCGCCGCUUCAGUGAGGAAGAAAUGAAGUGGUUCGAGGGCAAAGGGCUCAAGGCGUGCAAAGUCAAGGCAGAGCUUGGCGACCUGAUCUUGUGGGACUCGCGAACGGUGCACUGGGGAGCUGAGCCCACGGCGAACAGCAAAACGAUCCGAACCGUAAUAUACGCAUCCUACUCUCCCGCCAAACUUGCCAAGAGAGAAGCUCUUGAGGAGAAAGCUCGCGUGUUCAACGUCUAUGGCGCAACGACCCAUUGGGCGCACGACAACAUUUGGCUUCGGCCUCAGCUUGCGCAUCUUCCUGAUGUCGAUAUGCAGGAUAUGACGAGUCUUGAGCCAAAUGUCAAGAUGGAGGUAGACCGACUUUCAAAGAAGCUGCUCUAUUCACAGCCUGCCUCACGCAGGAUCGUCGUUGGGAUUUCAGGCGUGCCUGGCUCCGGAAAGACCACGCUGGCUCGGUUGGUCACCGCUCGCAUCAACAAGCUCCGUCCGAGUGCAAAGACUGCACCUACAGCCGUAGAUCUCGCGAUGGACGGAUUCCACUAUUCCCGCGCCCAUCUCGCCUCGAUGCCAGAUCCAGUCUUCGCUACACAUCGCCGUGGAGCCGCCUUCACAUUUGAUGCUGAAGGCUUCCUGGCCUUGGUGCGACAGCUUGUCGCCGAGCCUCCGGUGGAAGCGAAAGCGCCUUCAUUUGAUCAUGCGACAAAAGACCCUGUUGCAGACGAUAUUGCCAUUCCUAGUGAGGUUCGAAUCGUUUUGGUGGAAGGAAAUUACUGUGCGUUGAACAGAACUCCAUGGAGCGAUGCUGCUGCGUUGAUGACGGAGCUUUGGUAUGUGGACACGCCCGCUGAAGUGUCCCACAAGCGGCUCGCUGUCAGGCACCUUCAGGCGGGCAUAGUGAAGGAUGAGAAGGAGGCUUGGGAGCGAGCGACUGGCACCGAUGAGCUCAAUGCGAAGGACAUUAGAGAGAAUAGGCUUCCCUGCCAGGAGAAUCUCGUGUUGGUCUAG